AUGUUCAACCAUCAUUCACUGGCCUUUACAGUCACAGUAACUCCUCUACUUCAAGUCUCGGUAGAAAGAAAAACAAGGCUGACAGAAUCGUUGAGAUUAGGUCUACCUGAUGUUUGGGUAAAUGAUAAGGUCCAGAGCGAUGAGGUGCUAAAUACAAAGUAUCUAAAACCUUAUCUUGUUCCAUCCCCAGGCACUCUCGAACAAGAGGUUACGGGAAAACAAAUUGGAAAUCCUUAUAAUUUUAAACAUAAGGUUCAUGUUGUUGUGGAUGAGUCUGGAUUUAUGGGUCUUCCUCCUCAAUGGGAACGUUCAUUGGCUCAUCAACGUUCGAUAUCUCUGGACUCUCAAACUGUUCAACCAAAUAAUAAUACCACGUCAAAUACAUUACCUCCUCCUCCGAGAAAAUUAUCAAGCCCAUCUUUUUCCAAUCAUUCGCCUGAUAUAUAUAAUGAUUCAAAACCUUUUCCAAUACCUACCCAUCGAAAAAAUUCAGAUGGAUCUCAAAAGUCUGAUAAUGGUUCUAUAAAAUCUUAUUCUAUUUCUCCCUUAAAUAAAGACAAUAGCACGUCUCUCAUGUCAAAAGCGAAUCUAUCCCAAGAAUCAAUCACCUCUGUAUCUACAAGAAAUUCUGCUGCAUCUAUUCCUCCAAAAACUCCUCCAAAAACUCCUCCAAAAGAAAGAGUUUCAUCAUCCGUGCAACGAAGGAUUCUUAGCACUCAAUAUAAUAAUGACAAUGAUAACACCGAUCUUUUUCACGGACCAGCAUCACCAUCUCUUACUGUAACAGCUGCAUCACUUAAAAAAAAACUAUCAGCUCCUCAGAUUCAUACUUCUGGUGGACAACUUGUGGAUAUUUCAGCAUUAUAUUAUCCAUAUGAAAAACCUAAGUCGCCUGCGCUACCUCCGCCUAGGCACAUCCAAAAAAUGUCACCAUCACGUCCAAGCAGAGAAAAUAUUAAUAGUUAUAAAAUGGAAAAUAUUACAGAACCAACAUCUGAGGUAAAAAAUUCGCCGGUUUCAAAUACACCCAGGAAACUUUCAGAUACCUCUCAAAAAUAUGUAAACCAUAAUAACAUUACACGUGCACAAAAAGCUUCUAGUGAGAUAGUAUCUAAGCAAAUUGAUCAUGCAUACCUAAAUAAUUCUAAUGUCACUUCUCCAUCGACUCAGAAAGUAAAUACAAUUUCUACACUAACACAAAAAGAUUUGGACAAUAACAAAGUAACUGUUAAUAAUAAUAAUACUCAAGAAAAUUCGAAAGAAAUAGUAAAUAAUAUUCAAGAAGAUAUCAUAACAACAUUGGACAAUACUCAGGAUGAUUCGUCUGUUAUAACACACGCUGAUGUAUCUGAUACAAAACUUUCAACAGAAUCUAUAAGUUCUUAUUCAAAACAGAAAUGCUCAGAUGAUCCAAUAUCUACGAAAAAAGAUUCAUGUCCAUCGUUAACAGAAAGUUUGAACAAUGACUCAUGUGAGUCAAAAACAGCCACAUUAGACGUUAAUUUAGAAAAUGAAUCUAAAGUUUCCAACAUAGUUUCUGAAUGCUCUUUGAAAACACCUACGGAAAAAGAUUUAAAUCCAUCGUUAACAGAAAAUUUGAACAAUGACUCGUGUGAGUCUAAAACAGCCACAUUAGACGUUAAUUUAGAAAUUGUGUCUAAUUCCAACAUAUCUUCUGAAUAUUCUUUGAAAACAAUGGACAAUACUGAUUUUGGGCAUGCUGCACAGUUGAUCGAUACGGAGCCUUACCGAAAAUCAUUUAUAGGUACUCCUUAUUGGAUGGCUCCUGAGGUGGAUAUAUGGAGUCUUGGCGUCCUAUUGAUUGAAAUGGCAGAGGGAGCACCUCCGUAUAUGGAUAUGCCACCCCUAAAGGCUAUAUCUUUGAUAGUUCAGAAAGGUCUCCCCGACUUGAGUAAUCCGGAACAGUGGUCUGAUGCAUUCAAAGAUUUUAUUGCAAGUUGCACUGAAGCCGAUGUUAGCAAAAGAAAAACUGCGGAAGAAAUGCUUUCUGUAAAAUCUGUCCCUCCACCACCUUCGCAACAUCCUGAAACUGUUUCUGGUGGCGGCACCCACCCUUACUCUUCAAGAAAGGAUCGUUCUUUGUCACCUAGAAGUGGCUAUCGUCGUUCAUCUUACUCUCCGCGACGAAGAAGUCCUUCCCCCAGAGGUUACCGUAAUGGUAGAGAGGAGAGAUAUAGAGAAGAUCGGUAUACUAGAGAAGAUAGAUAUGAUCGAGGUUAUCCCAGAGGUGGAGGUUAUAGAGAAGACAGAGGGUAUCGUGAUAACUUUUACGGUUCUGAAAGACGAGGUCCUCCAAGAAGAAGUAAACCGAUUGAUCGUGGUAGUGAAAAAGAAAGACGUGAUUCUACUACUCUUUACGUUGGUAAUCUCCCUUAUGCAUUUCGUGAACAAGAUGUCGCUGAUAUGUUCGAACGCUAUGGUCGUCUGAGAAAAGUGACUGUCCAAAUUGAUCAUUAUACUGGAAGGAAUAAAGGUUUUGCUUUCGUAGAAUUUGAAGACCGAAGAGACGCUGAAGAUGCAUUUGAUAAAUAUAACGGAACUAACGUUGAAGGCC